AGGAAGCUAAAGAAAGAAGAAAAUAAGGAAAGAAGGAAAGAAGGGAAGAAUGAAAGAAGAAAAGAAGGAAAGAAAUGCAAAGCUUAGAAUGGGGAAGGCUUGAUUGAAAUCGAAGAUGUGGGGAAUGACUCUCUCUCUGGUUUCUCCCGCAUUAACUUUUCCUGAUUACCCAACCGUCGAUUCACUAUCUCCAAGUAGAACAGCUUCACCUCUGAACACAUGUCGAUCUGCGGCAAGAAGAUUUAAGUAUUAACUCUUGCAUUUACUUUAUCAAAUCUUCUUCUACCCCAGGCAGAUUUUCAUAUCAUCAUAAACAGGUACAUAUUCCCAACCUCAUCUCUCUUCUACCAUUACUUUCUCCUCAUCUUCUUUCCUUAUGCUCUCAUCAAGCAAUAUGGCUUUUCUCCGAAAACUUCCUCGUCAUGUUCCAUUGAAAAAAAGGACUUUGUGAUCUCUGUUGACAACCGGUCCAGAGAGCUGAAAAUCCUUAUAACAGAAAUGAGUCCUUACAAAUCCUUCUCCAUUGCUGUCACGCCAGAAUCCUUUGACUAGCUAAAGUCUACCUUCAAUACCCUGAUGGAUACUCCUAGAGCGACAAGAUUUUUCCUUGAAAAGAGAUUUGAUGAUAAGCGCUUGUGGGUCGAAAAGACACACAAUCGAAAAGGUUAUUUGGCAGAAAUCUUCAGAGUGAAUGACAGAGGAAGGAAACCUUGCAUUCUAGUUCCUGAAGGAAUAGACAAACAAGGAUGGGUCCAAUUCACAGAAAUGUUGACGUUAAGGAAGGAAGUUAUCCAAAAAAGAAAAACAACAACAAUUACAGAGGACAUAGGAAAAAAGAAGGAAGAGACAGACUCAGGGGCUUUUGAUUCUCUCGAUUGGAGUAAGACAGUGGUGAUCACAAGGAGAUACUUCCACGCUGACUGGAAGAAAAUCAUGGUGAAAAUCCAAGAGCAGCUGGAUCUUAACAUUACUUAUAGACCCUUUCAUGCAGAAAAGACAGUGGUUGUGCUCGAAGAUAAGAACUUGGUGAACCUCUUCUGUAAAAACAGAGGAUGGACUACGGUUGGAAAGUUCUAUGUCAAAUUUGAGACUUGGAACUUAGCUAAACAUGCUUCCCCAAAACUUCUGCCAAGCUACGGUGGAUGGGUCAAAUUCAAAGGUAUUCCCCUUCAUGCAUGGAAUUACUCGUUUUUUUAUUAAAUAGGAGAAGCUUGUGGUGGGUUUGUUGAAGUUGCUAAAGUAACCAAAGACAGAUUCGAUCUCAUUGAAGCUGAAAUCAAAAUUAGAUACAAUUACACGGGUUUUAUUCCUGCCUUUAUUAAAAUUGCUGAUGAGGAAGGAAAUCGUUUGACGAUUCAGACCAUUGUACAAGCUGAAGGGAAAUGGCUUAAGGAAAGGAACCCCAGAAUUCAUGGCACUUUCACCAAUGAAGCAGCAAAGAACUUUGAUGAAUUCAAACCAGAUUGUGAACAGUACCAGUUUAUUGAUAAUUUUACACUGCCUGCAAGCUGGGCCACAUUGGAAAAUUUCCAAGAAGGUAAACAGAAAAAAGUUCACCGGAACAGUGAUUUGCCAAAAUCCAUCAAAAAACCGAAUGCAAUGAUGAAAAUUUUAAAUUAUGACAACGGAAGUGACAGUAGUGGAAAAACUCAGGGCAACUCAAUUGACAAGACAAAGACUUCUGUUGAUAGUAAGAAAGAGAAAAAAUUGUACAAAGGGGAAGGCUCCAACCAAUGGUCUACUUUAAAUUCUAAGAGGAAGGUUUCAUUUACUUCCCCAAAGAAUAAAAUUUAUUUCUUUGACCCAAGAAGUAUGCCCCUUAGGCCCAUCAGAAUAAGAAGCCCAGAUGAGACCACUCAGAAAGGAAGCCCGAGAAGCCCAGCCAAUUUAAAGAAGAAAGGUAAGCAGAUCUAUCGAGUGAAGAAUCCACAAAUGCCAAUGGGAUUAGAAAAAAUAAACCCAGAAAAAGAGAGGGGAAACCAGAUGCAAACAAAAGAUGAAAUUUUUGAUAUGGAAGGAAUAAACCUCUCGAUAGACUUGGGCCCUCUCUCUCCUAUCACUGAUGUGGCAAUCUCAAGUACAUAAAGAUUCUCUCCAACAACUCCUCCUCCUUGUCCAACUCAAUCUGAGAUAGUCAAGGGCAGUAUUGGCCCAAUGAUGAUUAGCGACAAAGAAGAAGCUGGAUUGGAAGACACAAAACAGAUUAAUGAAGAAGAUGCCUUUAAAAAGAAGCUUAUGGCUUGGCUGAAAAAUAACAACCUGAAGCUUACUACAAACUCAUUUGUUGAUAUUGAAAAUGAAGAUAGGGAGGCAAUCAGUGAAGUGAAUGUAAUGAAUUUGUAUGAAAAGGGGCAAAAUAGUUCCCCAUGAAAGUUAUUUGUUGGAACACUAGAGGGUUGAGCUCUCCCGCCAAAAGAGCACAAAUAAAAUGUUUGCUUUCCCUUUACAUCCUUACUUUGUGAUUCUUGUAGAAACCAAAUUACAAAAUAUCAACAAAAAAAUUAUAAAAUCACUUUGGAGCUC